ACCGCCCACCACAUCAUACAUUUUCCUACCGUCUUUCACCCUUGAUAGUUCUGCAAAUGGCACCAUCACAGCUUCAGACUUUGUAUAAGGAACUCAUACGUGCAUUUGAUUCGAAACCAUCCAAUUUGCAGAAGUGUGGCCAACUGCUAGCUCAACUAAAGAUUGCGCUCAUAGAAAACGGACUGCUUUUCCCCACACGAGACCUGAGUCUCGAGGAUCUCGUCGCCGCCCGUGAUAUUCUCGAAAUCGGAGCGUUCUGGAGUAUACGUUCGAAGGAUGUCCCUUCGUUCGACCGUUACUUCUCUCAACUCCAAACAUUCUACAAUGACUUCAGCACCGUCCUUCCCCAAUCCAAACGCGAAUUCCCCAUCCGCGGACUCAACCUCAUCCGCCUCCUCAUCCAGAACCGCAUAGCCGACUUCCACACCACGCUCGAGUCCCUCCCCAUCCCAGCCGAUGAAAUCUCACAGAACCCUUACAUCCGCCACCCCGUUAACCUCGAGCGGUGGUUAAUGGAGGGAAGCUACAGCAAGGUGUGGAAUGCGAGGGAAGAGGCUCCUGCAGAGGAGUAUAAAUUCUUCGUGGAUAGUUUGAUGGGCACUAUUCGGAAUGAGAUUGCCAGCUGUGAGGAGGCAGCGUACGAGAGUUUGCCGUUGAAGGAUGCCGCCACACUUCUGUUCUUCAAGACCCAAACGGAAUUGAUGAACUUUGCGCAACAGCGAGGAUGGCAGGUAAACUUAACGGCGGGGACCAUUUCAUUCUCGCACAAAGGAGAGGAGAAGAUCGAGAUACCCAAGGAGAAGCUCAUCGCAAAUAACCUUGCAUACGCUCGCGAACUCGAACAAAUCGUGUAGUCUUUCUCUUGUUGUAUUAUUUGGUAUUCCUCUCGUAAUCAUGUCAGACCCA